AAACCAGGCUCCGGAGGCAGUUUAGCCUGGGGUCAGCCGACAAGAAGGACUUUUACCAACCCAAGUCAUCCUCCCCGAAAAUGACACAGCAGAUGCGGGACCUCCAGCUGGGACAGGCCAGGAAGCCACCAGGGCCUUCUUCACCGAACGCUGCCAAAAGGCUCUACCGAAACCUAUCGGGGAAAUUCCGCGUCAACUACACGUCCUUCGAUGAGGGCAGCCUGGUGGGCAGGAGCGAGAAGGAGAAGCUCCGCAAAUCCUACCUGAUCCAGAGCAAUGCCGCCCUCUUUGAGGCCGUGGAGCUGCAGGAUCUUGACAGGGUCCAGGAGCUGCUGAAGCAGUACAGCCCUGAGGAGCUGGAUCUCAACACGCCAAACAGCGAGGGGCUGCUUCCCCUGGAUAUUGCCAUCAUGACCAACAACGCUCCUAUAGCCAAGGCACUGCUCCAGGCAGGAGCAAAGGAGAGCCCACACUUCGUGAGCUUGGAGAGCCGCUCCCUGCACCUCUCCACGCUGGUGCGGGAAGCGGAGCAGCGUGUCAACGAGCUGACAGCACAGGUGGUGAACGAGGCUCCCAACACUGACUGCUCUGAGAAGGAGAAGCAGCUCAAGGCCUGGGAGUGGCGAUACCGGCUGUACAAGCGGAUGAAGGCUGGCUUUGAACAUGCCCGAGUGCCGGACGCCCCCACCAAUGUCCACCUCUCCGUGGCCAGCAGCUCCUCCGUGCACGUGAGCUUCUGGGAGCCCCUGAGUGUCAACUCCGCGGUCGUCACCAAGUACAAAGUGGAGUGGAGCUGCUCCCCGACCUUCUCACCACCGCUGGGAGAAGCCGUGAUAGACAAGCUGAAAAAYCUGCACUUCACCAUCCGGGGACUCGUGUCGGGCACGGCGUACUACGUGCAGGUGUCUGCCUACAACAUGAAGGGCUGGGGCCCCCCGCAAAGCUCAGUGCCCCCUUUUGCCAUUCCCUCAAACUGGCGCGAGUACGACGGCAGGGCCCCGCGGCGAAGGGGCCAAGCCGAGGCUUUGGACCAGCUGCUCAGCCAAGUGAAGACUGUGCACCAACACUGCGUCUGCCACGAGCCCUGCAAGAACCAGCCACAGAGCCGGAAACAUUCGGUCUCCAAGAGCCUCAAACACCUUUUCCACCCUGGCAGCAAGUUCCUCAAGACCCUGAAGAGAGGUCUCUACUUGACAGCUGUCUUCUACAAGGAUGACAACAUCUUGGUGACCCACGAAGAUCAGAUCCCUGUUGUGGAGAUAGAUGAUACCUACUCCUGCCUGCUCAUGCAGGAUUUUCUGUGGUUUACCAAGGUGUCGUGCAUGUGGGAGGAGAUCCUGUGGCUGCGGCAAUGUGUCACCGUUUCCCAGUCGUCCUGUUCCUGCAUCCUGCAAACGCGCUUCAAGAUGCUGAUGGCCACCUCGCAAAUGCAGGGGCUACUGGGAAUCCAGGACCUGGGACAGGUCUUCUUUGAGCCCAUCAAAGACAAGCAGGGCAACAUCCUCAUCGUGACCCUGAAGGAGGUGAAAACCAACCAGACCUUUGAGAGUGUCCGCUGGGUUCCUAUCUGCAAGCUGCAGACGAGCCGCAAGUCCGUGUCGUCCCCGGAAGAGCCCACCGCCCUGGACACGCUGCUGAUCACGGUGCAGGACAAACUGGCUUACCACCGGAGGAGCAGCCAUGCCCUCUCCCCCGGCCUCUACCUGGGCUACUUGAAGCUCUGUAGCGCUGUGGAUCAGAUCCGAGUGCUGGUGCCAGAGCGGCUCCCCAACAUCCUGUGCCACGUGAAGAUACGCUCCAACCCCAACAUUUCCAGGGAGGAGUGGGAAUGGCUGCAGAAGAGGGUCAGCAUGGAGGAGCCUGUUCCCACAGAGCCAGAGGCUGACACGUCCCAGAACCAUUUGUUUCAGGAGCUCCAAGUAGCCAUCAAGGAGCUGAUGGCCCUGGUCAACAUCCCACUGCAGGAGGCCAAAGAUUUCCGUCUGUACAGCCAAGAAGUGCUGGAUUUUGGAGGUCAGGUCUCCUUCCUCCUCCUGCUCCCUCCAUCAGAUGAUGUCUGCACUGCUCCAGGCCAGAACAAUCCCUAUACCCCUCGGUCCGGCUUCCUCACGCUGCCACUGCAGAUCUUUGAGCUAGUCCACUUCUUCACGUACGACCGGGAGUUCAUCACCCAGUACUGCCAGGUGUCUGCCCUCCUGGAACUGGAGUCGCUGCUGUCUCAGCAGAGCCUAAGGGAGGCCUUCUCUGAUGCUGAGCUCACGACGGCGAAGCAGAGGCACCAGCAGAUCCAGGACUACAUCCAGCAAAUGGAGGAGAUCUGGCGUGAGAUGCGCUGGAUUAUGGAUGCCCUGCAACAUGCCCGGUACAAGCAGCCCUCCUGCGGCGUGUCUCUGAGCGGGUUCCUCGGUGAAUCUGGCAGUGCAAUGAAAGAGAAAACACGAUCCACCUCGUCCCACCUAGACUACCUUCCCUCACCAGCACCUUCACCAGAGACCAGCCGUAAGCUCAACUCCGAGUUGCAUGGCUUGUCAGAUGAGGAGGGCUCCUCAGAGGUGUUCCUGGCCACGGACAGUGACUAUGAUUCCAGCAGAGCCCAAAGUCCUAAGGAGCUAGACUUGGUUUACUCUUCCUCGGGGCCCGAAUGCUGCAGCAGAAGAAUUGCCCGCACGCUCAGGGACAGCGCGCCUGAUGUUCUGCAGACCCACGAACUCAAGACCCCGCCGCUGCCCCCGGAGGAGCCGCGGCCACCCCCGGAGCUCUACGACAGCGACUUCGUCCUGCCCAGCCGGCAGAUCGAGCUGCUUCGCAUCACGGAGAAGCGUCAGGCCUAUUGUGUUCGCACCAGCAGCCUGGACUUCCCCAAGCCGCUCUUCCAGGUGGCCAGGAAAUCCUGCCCUGGCUCCGUUGAUAGCUCGCCAACAGAGAGCAGGACAGCAGCCCCCUGCAGCCCGCUCAGGCUGGGGACUGGCUCCACGCUGAGCCCCGAGCACAGCCGGGCUGGGCAGAGCUCUGAGCCCGUCUUCCGGACGCGCUCAGCAGAAUGGACUCCGAGCUUCCAGGAGCCGCCGGAGCAGCAAGGAUGCUUGGCGAACCGAGGAAAGAAGCCGGGCUCUGUCACCGUGCGGGUCUGCCCUCAGUACGAAACCGGACUCUCUAAAGAGACGAGCGUGAAGCUGCACAUCACCAACCAGACAUCCGCCAGGGAGAUGGUGAAGCUGGUGGUGCUCGAGAUGAACGACGUCUCGCGGAGCGUGCUGGGCAGCGUGGCCGCGCUCUGCUACAGCGAGGAGCAGCUGGAGCACUUUGGACUGGUGUUCGCAUCCAAUGACGGCGAGCAGUGGCUACCCGAUGACUUCUUGCCUCUCUCACUCCAAACUUCCUGGCCCGAGGGGCAGUUCUACGUGCGGAUCAAGGAAACCUCCCCUCUGGUGUUGCAGUAUGGGCCAGCAACCACUGUAUGAGGGGAGGAGAACCGACCAGGGGAAACUUGAGGGGCCUCAACUUCCAAUGAGCAAACAGCUCGUCUCUGAUGCUUCCUUCUUAGACACAAGACACCCUCUCAUCAGACGUCCACAGAGUGGAAUAGGAUCAUACCGGGCUGUGUGUUAUUUGUUUGUGUUUUUUUUUUUUUUUUAACCAAAGAGACA